GCGAUGCGCCAGCCGCGGCUAGGGGAGGGGCCCCGGGGCCUGUAAACGUGGUGCCCGCGGGGCUGGGCCGCCCUUCCCGCCUCCGUCCCCCGCAGCUGAGGCCGGAGGAGCGCGGCAGCUCUCUCCUUUGCUUCUGCUUUUUAAAACCACAAAAUGUCUGAAGUUAAGCCAAGGAAAAAAGGUAUUUCUUCAUCCAAGACCAGUGAAGGUUCACAGAAGGCUGCUGAGAAGUCCAGUAAUUAUGGGAAGCUGGCAAGUCCCAGGACCAGCAAUAGUCACAGUUCCUUUUGGAUGGACUCAAGGACAAGUUUGAGUAUUGUUUCCCUUGCUGUUUGCCUGGUGGUCAGCUGGUUUCUAUUUCAGCAAUCAAGUCAAUUUGCUGAUCUGGACAGAAAGUACAAUUUUUUACAUCAAGAAGCUGAAAAAAUCCUGGAUGUGGGAAAUAAAGUUAACUUUAUUUCUGAAAAGCUUGAGUCUUCUGAAAGUAUCCUGCAAGAAGCUGCCUCAUCUAUCUCUGUGAUGACUGAGUUUGGGCAGGAAAUAUCUUCUCUUCAUAACAUCAUAAAUGAUAUUCAGAACAAUGAACAGACUCUCUCUCUAAAGAUGCAGAGCAUUAAUGAGAAGUUCCAAAAUGUUUCAAAUUCCUGGAGAAGAAGCCUGGAUGAAAUGAAUAGAAAUGCUAGUGGUUUAAAAUCUGAAGCAAAGUUCAUACAUACAGAAGUUACUUCCAAAAUCAAUGAAGUUGACCAAAGAAUUAAAUCCCUUUCAGAAAGAGUAAGAGAUUUGGAAGACAGUACAGCCAGAAAUAUCAGAACACUAAAAAGGCAAGAAGAUGAUGAAUUCUCUAGAGUUGAACAACAGUUGAACUUGGAUGCAAAGUCAGUUGAAAAGCUAGAAAAAGAACAGAAUAGUCUGGUGGCAAAGGACACAGAUCUGAAUCAGAGACUUGCAAACUAUGAACCGAAAAUUGAGGAGUGCAAGACCCAUUUGCCAACAAUUGAAAAUGCUAUUCACUCUAUUCUUAGGUUGUCAAGUAGCUUGCUUGGUAUGGAGAAGAAGAUAGAGGAUUUGAAGACACAGCUGUACGCUGUGGAAAAUGACAUGUUGAAAACUGUUUCUGAUACAGUGGCAAUACAGAAGGCUCUUGAAGGCCUACAGUCCAACGGCAGCUUGUUGGAAGUGCAGCAUGAAAUAACUGUUCUAGAAACAGGGCCUGACUUAACAGUAUCUUCAAAAGCAAAAGAAGUAACUUUAGAAAGCUUUAACUUAGAGAAUGACCAGAAUGGGGAUAAGUGAAUUUGGACUUAGGUUUUUCAUUGAUGGAAAAGCACUUUUUUAUAAAUAAUGUGAUUUAAAUGUAUGUCAAGGAUAGCUGAGGUAUUGUCAUUGAUCUAAAGAGACAUUGGAACAGCCUGAAAGGUUGAGAAAGGGGCUGGAGAGCAAGAGAGUGAUACUUUGUUAAAGAAGGAAAGUAUUAUUUUCUUAAAUUAAGGAUUAUUUUCAGCUUAUUUAUUAAAAGAUAUUUUUUAUUAAAAAUAAUUUGGAGCAAAGUAUUUAGAUUUAAGGGGAAAACAGUUCAUAUUUUUAGUUUGUAUUUCAUUUUGACUACUUUUCUUUUGUUGUUACUUUGUGUAUUAUUUUCCACAGACUUGUAACACAGUGAACAAUUAAUCACUUAUUCCUCAGCAGAGACAGUUCUACUUGCUUUUAAUGUAUUGUACACUAUAAUGGGUUUGUGCUGCAGGAAAGCACUGAGUACAUUUUUAGCAGCUGAAAUUUAGAUGCAACACCCUUAGAGAAAACACUAGUAGAGUAUCCCCUGCUGAGAGCCUUGUCUUGUUCUGGUAUCUAUAAGCAGCUGGUAUUUACAUAGCAGCUGGUUUGCUUUUAUUUUUUGGGGGGGUGUUUUGGUGCUUUAGAAACAAAUUUUAACCUUUUCUUCUGUAGGAUGUUCUUUGUUAGGCAUUACAUGGUAUGUCUCAUAUUGCUUUGCAUUUGAAAGGAAAAAAGCUAUUUUAAGUGUCACUGACAUUGUUUCCCGAAGUUGUUGAACCAAGAGCUGCAAAAGUAAUUAAUGAAAUCAGUGGAGUUAUGUCCUUGGGAGCAGUUUAUCCAUAGACCUACUUACAUGUGUUGUAGUGCUACCUAAUAGGCCUGAUGUCUGUUCAUUGAAAUUUGGAUAUCAGCGAGAACCCAGAUUGUCUGCAGAGUUAUGGUCUUGAUAAUUUUGUAUUUCUCAGGAAAGGAGAUUGCUUAGUAGAAACAGUAUGAAUCCACAACAUUUAGCACUAAUUUAAAUUAUUCUGGGUUUGUACAUUGAUUUCUAGAGAACACCGAAAUCUUCACAAAUCAGGUAACACUGCCCAUUUAAGAGACUAUGAAACCAAUGUUUCUCAAUAUUAUAAAACUGUUGGUUUCAUGUAAUUAUUGCUUAUGUAUAAAUUUCUGUUUACAGUCAUAUUCAAAAUAAAAAUAUAUUGUAGUGAAUUUCCUCAUUCUGGUGCAUAAUCUUAUUCAAAAUAAACUGCUCCUCCAGAAAGGGUACCAAGUAAAUAUUUUAGUGUUCCAUGUCCUAUUAGGAAAAACUAUUAUAUAAAUAAAUGUUUUUAAAAUACUUUUCACAAGUGUCUUCCACUUCUAGUGUUUCUACUUAUCUUUUUGAGUCAGGGUGGUGAGAGUGCCAAGUGUAUGACCCCUAAUCCAAAGUCUUUCAUCAACCUCAACCCUACUGAAAGCUGAAUGUAUAGGAGAUUCAACAUGAAAUCCUCAUCCUUGGAGGGAUGAAUUCAACAUGAAUUCCUCAUACUAGUUAACAAGCACAACUUUCCACAACCUAAAUUUUGGUCUUUUGCUUUUGAGCAAACGGUUCUGAGUUAUUGAGGAAUCACCAGCACUAUUGAAGAGUUAAAUAUACUUGUUUCUGUGAUGCUAUUUUUACUAUUAGUGUCUAGAAAAGGAUUAAUAUUAAUCUAAUUCUAGCCUCUUAUAAUGUGUUUCAGUUUGCCUGUUUGGUGGGUUUUUUUCUCUUAAAGUUCUACCCUGACUUACUGGGGGUUUAACAGAAUAGUAUGACUCAGGUAAUUUCCUUUCUUCCUCUCAAAUUUGAAAACUAAGCACCAAUCAUAAGAAAAUAAAAACAAAAGGGUGAACUAGUGAAUCAAGACAAAAAUCCAGCAGUAUUAUGAGUUUUCUUUCACUAAAAUAGCUUUUAUGGAGACUUAAAAAUUCCUGCAUAUGGAAGAAGAUGACUUGUGUUUUCAGAGGUCAACUUGGAAAGUCAUAUAGCACCUUCCUGUAAUUUUUUGUUGUAAUAGAAGGAGUACUAGCAUUUGUUAUGUAUACUGACAAGAAAAAAGAAAUUUGGUUGUGUUGUAACAGAAGUUGAUUUCCUAGAGACAGGAUUUGCACUCAAAUGUCAGAAUACUAAGAUCUUUCAUUAAAGUAUAGCUUGAUUUUGAUGUUGAGUUGUUAAGCUAGAAAUAUUUUUGUAUCCCUCUAGUGUGAAAAGACUUGGAACUUAAUGAAACAGCUGGAAGAUCUUCAAAUAAUUUCUCACAUUAAAUAUCUGCAGGAAGAUAUUUAUACAAUGAAAACAUGGUCUAGCAGCAUAAUUAAAAAACAAGAAAAACUGGAGAAGAAUUUAACAAGCCUUUUUCAUGCAGUUUCAAGCGCUGAACAGAACACAGCUUCUGUUGCAAAAAAUGUAACAUUGACAAUUGUGACAGUAAAAACUGACAUAAGGCGCAUUUCAGGUCUGGUCUCGGAAAUGACUGCACUGACAGAUUCUUUGCAAACACUAGAAGAUAAAGUAGAAAAAGGUGAAAAGGCAACAGUAAGAAAUAUAGGUGACCUCCUCACCAGUAGCAUCGACCGAAGUAUGAAAAUACAAAGCCUGGCAUCCAGUAAUGCAAGAAAAAUUGAACAAAUUAAGACAGCACUGUCUGAGUUAAGGAGUGAUUUUAACAAGCAUUCCAAUAGACUUCUGAAUCUUGAAGGUGACAGAGCAAAAGUUCUGAAGACCGUUAUAUUUGCAAAUGAUUUAAAACCCAAGAUAUACAAAGUUAAAAAGGAGUUUGCCAUCUGGGAGCCCUUAAUAAAUGACCUAACACUGAGAAUAGGGAGAUUAGUGGAGGAGGUGUUACAACGGGAGAAGGAAAUUGCUUUGUUGAAUGAGAAAUUAGCCCAUCUAACAAGAGUUCAAACCAAGAUCAAGGAUGUGAAAGAUGAAAUAACCAAGAUUUCAGACAUUAAUUGAUCACUGAAAUGCCACUGCCUAAAGCAUAGUGUUUGAGGAGUGUUAACUCCCAUCGUGUGUAGUACUGAGAAGGCAGACGAUAUUUAAAGGCUUCAUUUAGAAGCACACCUAAACCUGAAAUUUGUCCUAUUCCUUUGAACAGGACAGGAAUGGGAGAAAUAAUGUGAACAAAAAACCAUCUCUCUUUGCAUGUAUUUGUCUUUCUGAAGAAUGACGUGCUAUAUUUAAUAAAUUGCUUGUUUUGUACAAUAAAGCAGUCUUAAAACAUAAAA